UGUUAAAGGCCACUCCACCACAGUCAGUAAAGCUAGAGUGCGAAAAAUAACUGAGAGACUAAUUACAGAACAGAGCAAUGGUGGUGACAGAGACUCCGAAACCGCACAUCAUGGUGUUUCCUUUCCCAGCACAAGGCCACUUACUUCCACUACUUGACUUAACUCACCAACUCUGUCUUCAAGGAGUCAACGUCUCCGUCGUAGUCACCACCGGAAACCUCCAAUACCUCUCUCCCCUUCUCUCUGCUCAUCCCUCCUCUGUAUCUCCCAUCGUUCUCCCUUUUCCUUCUCAUCCUUCACUUCCUCCCGGCGUUGAGAACGUUAAAGACAUCGGUAACUCUGGUAAUCUCCCAAUCAUAGCCUCUCUUCGUCAGCUUCGUGACCCUAUCAUCGAGUGGUUCUGUUCUCAUCCAAAUCCUCCAGUUGCUCUCAUCUCUGACUUCUUCCUUGGAUGGACACACGAACUUUGCAAUCAGAUCGGUGUUCCUCGUUUCGCUUUUUUCUCCUCUGGUCCAUAUUUAGCUGCAGUUCUUGAAUUCUGCUUCGACAAUAUCGAUGUAGUCAAGUCAACGGAUCCUGUUCAUUUCUUGGAUCUUCCUGGUUCCCCUGUUUUCAAGGAGGAGCAUCUUCCGUCGGUGGUUCGGCGCUGCCUUCGAUCUCCUUCACCAGAUAUCAGAAGCUUUAAAGAUGAGAGCUUGAUGAAUUUUUUGAGCUUUGGUUGCGUUUUCAAUACGGCUGAGAGUUUGGAAGCAAAGUACUUGGAUUACGUGAAAACGAGGGUAGGUCAUGAUCGGGUUUUUGGAGUUGGCCCGCUUUGUUCGAUCGGGUUGGAUUCGGGUGGUGCGGGUAAAUCCGAUCCAUUGCUGAGUUGGCUAGACGGAUGCCCUGAUGGUUCUGUGCUUUACAUCUGCUUCGGAAGUCAAAAGGCGUUGACCAAAGAGCAGUGUGAUGCUCUGGCUCUCGGACUCGAGAAGAGUAUGACAAGGUUCGUUUGGGUGGCUAAGAGUGAACCGAUACCCGAGGGGUUCGAGGCUCGGGUAUCGGGUCGAGGAACUGUUGUUAGAGGGUGGGUUCCGCAGCGUGCGGUGUUGGCACACGUGGCGGUCAGAGGGUUUUUGAGCCAUUGUGGAUGGAACUCGGUGCUUGAAGCUAUAACGAGUGGAGUCACGGUGUUGGGAUGGCCAAUGGAGGCAGACCAGUUUGUGAACGCCAGGUUGCUUGUGGAUGAUUUGGGUGUGGCAGUUCAGGUUUGUGAAGGGGAAGGAACAGUGCCGGACCCGGAUGAGUUGGUCCGGAUCAUAGAUGAAACAAUGGGUGAGGGUGGACGUGAAGUGGCUGCUCGGGCGAAGGAAAUACGGCUGAAGUUGGAGGCCAAAGGAAGCUCAUUUGUUGAUCUUGAAAGACUUGUCAUAGAAAUUGGUAGUCUUUGAAGAUUCCGAGUCAGAGAAUAAUAAAAAGAAAUUAUAAUGUGAAUCAAGAAUGUCAGGCCUAGAAAACAAGAAUGUCUUUCCCUUCAUAUAUGUUCCAUUAGUGUUGUUGAAUUUGUCUAUCAUCGAGGACUAUCAUUACAAGAUCCAAGUUGUAUCCUUGUCAUCA